AUGGAUAAACUCAAUAAAUCACUUGAAUUUUUAAAAUUACUUUCAACAACAGCAUCAAAAAUAUUAAUAAUCAAUGUGGAAACAUUAUUUACAACAUGUGAUGAAAAUGAUUAUAAUGUACGAUUGACUGUCGAAGAAAAUCUUAAUAAAUUUAAUUUAAAAGAAGCAGUUUUAACAAGAAUUCAAGUUGAAUUACAUCGAAUUAUAAAACAUAAUCCUAAUGUUGAACCAAAUGCUUUAAAAGAUCAAUUACUUGGUUAUUCAGAUUUAUUUGAUUUUGAUCAAUUAUUAAUUUCAACCCAAAUUGGAUCUAUAGAAAAAACUUGUGUUAGUGAAGUCUUAAAAACAUCUUAUUCAACAUAUCAACGUUGA